UAGUACUUUAGUAGGUAUCUAUGUAUUGUCAAUUUUGGUGACUGAUAACAGUACCUUGGCUUGAACUGUAGAUUGUUUUCAGUAGAGUUUCCUUAGAAAAGCUUUCGUUAAAAAUGUGUAUUGUAACAGAGAUAAAUAAAACUUAAGUGCUCUCGUACAGAGUAGUUUAUGUGGCAAUAUAUUUACUAAACAUCUGAUUCAAAAUAUCCGCCAAGAUGCUAACUUAAUAAUAAAUAUUUACCAUGACAUAUAUAAAAGUUAUUUGUGGUAAAAUUUGUUAUCGAAAUGGAAUACAAAACCUUUCUACUAAAUCAAUACUGUUGAAUAUUGGGAAUGGAAAUCUAUUACAACAUGUAGCAAGGAUAACAACAUCAACAUUUCUAAACAACAAUUUGCAACUGACCAAUCAAUCCACAGUAAAAAAGAAAGAAAAAAAUGUGCCUCAAGAUAAUAGAGUGUGGAAAGAGACACCUACUCAUGAUGUCAAGAAUAACCUAGUCCAGUAUUGUAUGAUGCUAUCAAAGUUUCGUCUAACAUCAUUAGUUGUAAUGACAUCAAUGGCUGGAUAUGCAUUGGCUCCAGCUCCAUUUGACUUAACAACAUUUGUACUUUGUGCGACCGGCACUGGACUAGUCAGUGCUGCAGCUAACUCUGUCAACCAAUACCAUGAGGUACCAUUUGAUGCGCAAAUGUCCAGAACUAAGAACCGAGUGCUUGUUAAGGGACUAUUAGAGCCAGUCCAUGCAAUUGGGUUUGCUGCUGCAACCAGUACAACCGGUUUAUCUCUAUUGUAUUUUGGAGUCAAUCCACUAACUGCGGCACUGGGUGCUGCCAAUUUGGUUCUUUAUACAUCAAUAUAUACUCCAAUGAAGAGAAUGUCAAUACUCAAUACUUGGCUUGGUUCUGUAGUUGGUGCCAUACCACCGCUCAUGGGCUGGGUGGGUUGCACGGGCAGCCUGGACACUGGAGCCUUAGUUCUUGGUGUUAUAUUGUACUCCUGGCAGUUCCCACACUUCAAUGCGCUAUCCUGGAAUCUACGACCCGACUAUUCCAGAGCGGGGUAUAGAAUGAUGGCGGUAACAGAUCCUGGUCUUUGCAGAAGAGUAGCUUUGAGACACACUGGCAUCAUAACAGCGACGUGUCUUGCCGCACCUUACCUUGGAGUUACUAAUGUUUGGUUUGCGGCUGAGUCAUUGCCAUUAAAUAUUUAUUUUUCAUACUUAGCUUGGCAAUUUUACAAAAAAUCUGACAGUGGCAGUUCAAGAAAGCUAUUCAGGUUUUCAUUAAUUCAUUUACCAGCCCUUAUGUUACUUAUGCUUAUCAAUAAAAACUAUCUGAGCUCGAACGAAAAUCAAGAACAGGAUGUUUUGAAGCAAGACGUUAAUAAAGUACAGGAGACUAAGAGAAUCACAGUAUUGCCACGGGGCCCUGUUGUAGUGGCUCAGGACUCUGACUUAGAUCAAUUUAAAAAAUGAUUCAUUGUAUUGUAUAGAUCAUUCUAUAGUUAUUUUUCUGUAAAUAAUGUACAACUUUAGUUUUGUGAUGUUAUUUAUAGAGCUUGUAUAAGAUAGUAAAUCUUAAAUAAAAAACUUUGUGCUUAAGUUAUAUUUUUUGAUUAGUAUUAAACAAUGUUGGUUCCUUUUAAUUUAUUUAUAAAUCAGGACAUGAAAUAAAACGUGAGAAUUAUUAAACUUA